GAGAAGGAGAUGGCGGAGGAUGAGGAGGACGAAGAAGAGGAGGAGGAGCAGACGGAUGAGAAAGAGAUGGCGAAGGAUGAGGAGGACGAAGAAGAAGAAGAGGAGGAGGAGGAGGAGCAGACGAAUGAGAAGGAGAUGGCGGAGGAUGAGGAGGACGAAGAAGAGGAGGAGGAGCAGACGGAUGAGAAGGAGAUGGCGGAGGACGAGGAGGACCAAGAAGAAGAGGAGGAGGAGGAGGAGGAGCAGACGGAUGAGAAGGAGAUGGCGGAGGAUGAGGAGGACGAAGAAGAGGAGGAGGAGGAGGAGCAGACGGAUGAGAAGGAGAUGGCGAAGGAUGAGGAGGACGAAGAAGAAGAAGAAGAGGAGGAGAAGGAGGAGGAGGAGGAGGAGGAGGAGGAGGCAACUACUCUUUCUCCCCUCCCCCCCCUCCUCCCCGUUUUACACGUUUCUUUCCGCAAAAUGUUAAAAAUGUUACCCGAAACCAAAUCCACAAAUCUCGAUCCCCUCCAAGAGGAAACGAGAUUAAGCAGGACGAUAGUGCUUAGCCUUUGCCCAUCAAUUCAAAUUACCCUAAUUUACCUUAACAUAACAAAUUUGUGCAAACAUCGAGCAACCAAGUAA